AUCCUUACGUACAUUACAUAUAUAAUGGAGAUAAAAUAGAUAGCUACACAAAUCAAAAUCUAUAAAUAAAACUCCUUUAAUUUAUAUGGUAAUAGAUUUAUAUCUUUAUAACACUUUUCUCAUCGACUAAUUCAAAGGUUACCUUCCCACUUAUAUAAGAAGAGGUAGAUAAUCAUAUCAUAUCCAUCAAAAUUCCUUGUUUAGGAAAUUAAAAAAAAACAAAAAACAUAUGGGGCGCGUCGAAGAAAUCCCUCAAAGCCCCGCCGCCGGCACUAUCGACGACGCUCCUCCUCCUUCUCCGCCCGACGAAGAUCUUUACGAGCCGCCUGCCGACUACCAACCACCUUCUGCAGCCAAAAAGCCGCCGCCGCCGCCUCGGCCCUUCCCUCCUCUACAAGCUGAUGAUAAACCACAACAUUUCCCUCCUCCUCAACCUUUCCCUCCAAAUCAGUAUUGUCAACCCCAACAAAAUCUAAAUUUUCCACAACAGCAGUUUAUGCAACCUCCACAAAGAAUACAAAUGGGAUUUGUGGCUCAGGAAAAUGAGCCUUGGAAGUCUCAUCUUUUCGAUUGCAUGAAAAAUCCACAAAAUGCUAUUAUCACUCUCUUGUUCCCAUGCGUAACAUUCGGGCAGAUCGCUGAAAUUUUGGACAACGGAAGCACAUCUUGCGCGACGAGUGGAAUACUCUACUCGUGUAUCGCAUUUUGCAUAGGAAUGCCGUGCCUGAUGUCGUGCGGGUAUCGGAGCAAGUUGAGAGCUAAGUUUGGGCUGGUUGAGUCACCCGCACCAGAUUGCCUCAUUCAUUGCUUUUGUGAGUAUUGCGCUCUGUGUCAAGAAUAUAGAGAGCUCGAGGAUAGAGGCUUCGACCCUUCUAUUGGACAUGCGGGGAAUGAGGCAAAACAGCAAAGGCAGAGGCUGCAGCAAUUUGGAAUGACACCUCCAAUGCAGCAAAGGAUGAUGUGAUCAUGAUAAUUAAGCUGAAUGUUUGUAUUCUACUUUUUUUUUUAUCGAUGGAUUUGUUCCACUUAUAUUUAUUUUCUCCCUAAACAAUAUCCAAGAGUUUCUCCAUGCAUGUUGUAUAAAAAGAUGAGUUAAUUUGUUUUCAUUUAUUCUUUGUAAUGUCCAUGCCAUGGCCGGUGAAUAAACCACCAUAUAUCAUAGGUUUUCUAUUUUACCAA